AUGCUCCGUCGAUUCAAAUCAAAUGAUCCAUCACGAAUCUUCCCGGAUUCCUUUUGGCUAUGGUACAUGGACUCCUACGCCAAGGUUGAUCGCGAAACCACGAUAAAGCACACCCCGUUUUCUCCGAUACGAUAUAACGACAAGUCGCACCUGGUGACCACAAUCAUAAAGGGAUUCAAGCACUUGUCCCUCCCUGUGCCCAGCGUGAAUGCCAUCAUUGCAUUGUUGCGGUCUCCCUUCACUCGUGGUGAUGUCAUCAAGACGUUCCAUCUCCUUCGUGUGUUCCAGUUGAGUGAACAAGGGUUGUUUUUGACCAAUUCUGGCGUGGACAAAUUCGGGUGUACGAUCCGAUAUAUGGGUGCUGAGAACUGGGACAAUGUCAUGUGUUAUAUGGAUGCAUUGUUGUUUUCCAUGUUUGCCAACUUGGAAUCAUUUGAACCGAUUUUAUUUAUUUCCAAUAGUCAUAAUCCCGACAUUGACAAACUAAGAGCAUUACUUCGAGCAUAUGUUACACUUUUACGAUCUGGGAACUUGAUCACUACCGAUAUUACGGUUAGGUUGUGUGAAUUAUUGGCGAAAUUGGGGUUUAAGGAAGCCAUGAGUCAUAAACAGCAGGAUGCUGCUGCAUUAUUCGAAUUCUUGACUGAGUGUUUAAGCAUGCCUUUAUUAACAUUUAAAAUUGAUAUUAAGCAUGGCGGGAAGUAUAGCCAGACGGACGAUGAGAAGUUUUCUAGAGAACGGAUCUUGUUUGUUAGUAUACCUGAAGAAGAAGAAGAAGAAGAAGAGUCAACCAAGCCGGGUCUGAGUUCAGUUUCCCAAAAUUCCCAAAUUAGUAAACCUUUGUCUGAAAAUUCCGAGUCCAGCAAACCCGUGUCUGAAACGCCUGAGUCUAAGCUGGAACUGAAAUUAGAUUCUACUCCUCUUUCAAUGGAUGGGCCAGACAAGAAAUCCAAAGACAAAUCUGAUGAGAAGUCUGGCACCAAAGAACCAGAAUCACUGAAUCUGUCUAGUUCUGGAUGCGACGAAAUUCUUCUUGAAGAAUGCCUUGAGCAUUAUUUCAACAAUACAAUCAACGUUGAACGAGAACUCGAACGAGAAUUAGAACGUCGUGCAUCCAUCCUAUCAUUUAACCUGCCCUUGCCUACUCUUGGUGAAGUCACAUAUUCCAUUCCCGAAGAUGAAACCGUUAUUUCCAAACCCACCAAUGAACACGUGGAAAACAUCGAAGAAGCAGCCAGAGUCCGCCGUUCAGACAGCAUCAAGAGUGAUCAUAUUCGUACUUCUGUUCGUCAUCGUUCAUCUACCCUUUCAAUCUGGAGUUUAGCCGAGGAGCCCAAACAAGUCAGUUUACCAGCAUGGAUGUUUCUCCGGUUAUUACCCUUUUAUACUGAUGACAAUCCAAUUAAAGAUAGCGUGAAUAUUGCUAACAACUCGCGCGAUUUCGCCAACCGGAAACCCAUAUUGCCCAUCUGUCUCAAACGAUACGAAUUCAACAAUUCCACCGCGAUCCGGUCCCUGAAACGUAUCAUUAUCCCACCAGUCAUCAACUUGCCCAAUUUCGUUGUGGAUGAUAUCGACGAUGAUACUGCUGGAUUCAAGCUUAUUCUCGAGAGUGCAAUUUGUCACCGGGGGAACCUGAUCAGCCUGGGUCAUUUCAUAAGUGUGGUGCGUAAGGACCUGGACACCAUGUUGGAUGUGAGUGAAGAAGAAGCUUACGCAGCCAAGUGGUAUUUGUACGAUGAUAUGAGAAAGUUGCAUCGGGUAGUGGAGAAGUCGUUUAGCGAGGUGUUUUCUACAGAGUGGCCGUACAUGUUGUUUUACAGACUUGUGGCGAUUGAAAAGGACAAGAAUCCAUUUGCAGGCGCCAUGAGUGAGAACCCAUUUGUUCCUAAAGGUGCCCAAGGCGGGUAUUGGGAUGAAUCUUUGUCGGUUACUGCAUCUGCUGAGUCAGUACCAGCACAUACUACAGCACAUACCAAUUUUAGUAUUCCAAUUCCUGAUGUUCCUGCUACUGAUCCAAAGUUUGUUGAUGUGAGGGACAAAUACUACUGGUAUGUUUUGGAUGGUGAUAAGAAUUAUUAUAAGGAAGAGUUGACGUCAGAGAAAGGCUCCAGCAGUAUUGGAUUGAGUCCACAAUUUAGAAGAAACAGUCAAUGGAGUACCAACUCCAAUAUCAGCAGCAUCAAACUUGAUAAGGUUGAUGAGGAGAAGGAGAAGGAGAAUUUAGAGGCAUUCCCUGUGAUUAACCUGAACAAUUCCGAUGAAACCAUUUGGCAAAAGAUUAAACGGACUGGCGCCAGCACUAAGGUUGAUUCUACAGAGUCCUUAGGAGAGAUUGUGUCAGAAAAGACGGGGUCGCAAGUUGCAUUUACCGAGUUGGCAGACAAUGGUGACACUGAUCGCAAGAAGAAACGACAUUUCCAUCAUCGAGACCGCAAGAAGAGUGUCAGUUAUCAAAAGGAAAAAUGUGUAAUUGUAUAG